GCCGGUGACCUUGGGAAACUGCGCAAGAGGCGCCAUGGCGGCCCUGAGGCGACUCGGCGCGCUGGCGGUGGCGGCCCGGGGGGCCCGAGCUCUUCUCCUCCGCGCCCCCGGGGCCAGGCCCGCCUACGCCGUCAUCGCCCUGCAGCAGGACCGGCCCGUCCACCUCACCCCCAGCCGCUGCGCCGGCUCCAAGGCCGCGUCCCUCCACUGGACGUCGGAGAGAGCCGUGAGCCUCCUGCUCCUGGGCCUGCUCCCGGCCGCCUACCUGAGCCCCAGCCCCGUGAUGGAUUACUCGCUGGCCGCCGCCCUCACACUGCAUAGCCACUGGGGUCUCGGCCAGGUGGUGACCGACUACGUCCACGGGGACGCGCUGGUGAAAGGAGCCAACGCCGGCCUCCUGGCACUGUCGGCCGCCACCUUCGCCGGCCUCUGCUACUUCAACUACCACGACGUGGGGAUCUGCAAAGCCGUUGCCCUGCUGUGGAGCCUCUGAGCUCCACCCUGACCGCCCCCCGCCUCCACCCCCAGCCGUCUGCCAGCGCCGCGGGGCCGAGGGAUCCCACGCUGAAGGCAAAGGGGGCCCUUGGGGGAGGCUUCAAACCCCCACUUUGAACGGAGACAGCUGGAGAGUGGGUGGGGUGGGGGGGGCCUUAAUCUUGCAGGCCCUGGGGCCAUUCAAUCUGGACCCUCAGUUUCCCCAGAUUUGGGGUGUGGGGCUCAGCAUUUGGGAUAGGGGUGUCCCGCAAGGCUGUUCCCAACCUGGAAUGUCGCCUGAACGCCAGAGCUAACGACGAGGGGGGCAGCGUUUAAUUCGCACAAUAAAACAUUUCAGACCACAGCCA